CUUGAUUGCAACUCCAAUAAAUAUUUUAUAAGUUUAUAAUGUCUCAUAAAGCUCGAAUUCCAGCCAACGAAUAUCCUAUGUCUACUGAAUUGCACGAAUUUAACCAUUGCCACGUCCUUCAUUAUGCUAGUCUCGACCUUACCAAAUAACAACCCAAAUUACUUUAUAAUAGCGUUCCAGGGUUUCUUGGAGGUCUGCAACACGCGGAAAUUGUCUCUCUAUAACUCUAGCUCUCUUUUCGUUAGCCGCCUGCGUAACACACCGACCAUGCCUCGCCGAAGCUCUGGAGGAAGACCUGCUCCUCGGGCUGCUGCACGCCCUGCACCAGCACGCAGCCCACCACCCCAACCAGUUAACCAUGCUCCUCCUCCAGCUCCUGUCCAGAGUGGUGGUGGUGGAUCAUUGCUUGGAGGCAUUGGUUCAACCAUAGCUCAGGGUAUGGCUUUUGGAACUGGAAGUGCUGUGGCACACAGAGCUGUAGAUGCUGUGUUGGGUCCUCGCACAAUUCAACAUGAAACUGUGGUCUCUGAGGCUGCUGCUACUGCCCCAGCACCCACUGCAAGCAGUAUGGGGGGUGAUGCAUGCAGUAUUCACUCAAAGGCAUUCCAAGAUUGCGUGAACAACUUUGGAAGCGACAUCAGCAAGUGCCAGUUCUACAUGGACAUGCUGUCCGAGUGCAGGAAGAACUCAGGCGCUGCAUUGAGUGCCUAAAUUCCAUCUUCGUGCUUUUCCAUUCAAUGGGAGUAUCAGCUUUGAACUUUGGUCCUUAGAGUCUUAUUUUGAAUCAUAUGAUUAUUGUUGAUGGCGACGGUGAUGCCCUCUAUCUAUUGUUAAACAUUGAACUUUGGUCAAAAAAAUAAAAUAUUAAACAUUGAAGGUCAAUAA